ACCAAGUCGCAUUUUCGCAUCACUUCUGUGCAGUGUACAGUACAGGACAGAACUAACAGGAACCAUGAGUAGGGGAAUCUCUGGAAACCCAUCACAGAAGGAAAUGGAAGAAGCCGAAAACGCCUUUCGUUUGUUGAUCGGAGACGAUUCUACUGAGCCAGAUGUCAUUAUUGAUAGAUUUUCCCAAAACAGUCAUUGUUACGAGAAGGUUUUGGGAAAGAUGAACUUCACAGGUCACGUCCAGUGUGCUCAAUCUGCUGCUGAUUGGUUUCCGAAGAACAGACAGGAUGUCUAUAUCCUGGAUGCUGCUGCCGGAACAGGACUGUGUGGAGAUAAGCUGGGCUCUCACGGUUUUCGCAAAAUCGAUGCUUUAGAACCAUCAGAAAAAAUGCUUGAGGAGGCAAAGAAGAAAGGCAUCUACGGCCGGUACUUCAAUGUGAUGCUAGGAGAAAAUAAUGUCGACAUAGAAAGUGACACUUACGAUGCUGUUACGAUUUCGGGGUUAAGCAUUAUGGUAAUGAAGAAAUUGCCCAGAAAAGCAUUUGAGGAGCUUAUCCGAAUUGUAAAACCAGGAGGAUACAUCAUUAAUGCUACUUACCACAAGAUAUUCCCUAAAGAUGGUGAUGCUGAAGCAGCCAUAUUUCGGAACAAUAUGAAGGCUCUUGAAUCGCAAGGAAAGUGGACACUAGUGGAGCUGAGGCACUUUACGGAUUAUGUUUGUGGAGAAGAUGGUGCUGUUUCAGUCCACAAAGUUCUAUAAUGCAGGGGUGACAGAGAACACGUGUCAGGAAAACUGUAAACAAUUCUUGCUAAAGGAAAUAGGGUAUUGUUUUGAAACAUCUGUUAUAUUGAUUUCAUUAUUUUAACAUGAUUUACCUCAGUACCUAAAAGCUGAAUAGACUCUGCAAGUACAUAUGCUAGCGCUCGUAACGUUGUUCUUCACAGUGUGUCACAGGUUUAGAAUUGUGCACAAACAUUUAUGCUUGAUAGUGGCUUGGUGAGAUACAUACACUGUAUUAAGAAGUUCGUAUUUUUAAUAGUUUUCCAUUUAUUUGUACAUUGUUUUAAGUCAUGUCCGAUUUACGUUUGUGAGAAGCAAAGUCUUAUUUUGUGCGUGCACAUGUUAAUCAUAAGGAGACGUUUUGUUGUUUUGCUUUAUCAUAAAUUUGCCUAGAAGUGUAACAAUGUUAAAUGGUUAAAUCAU